GUUUUGGCUUGAGGAGAGACAGUGUUCGGUACACAGACACAUUAUCAGAUAGUAAAGUCUUCAUAGUGGAGUUAUAUGUAGUGAUGAGUGGACUGCUGCUUCGGACACCACUCAACGUCUUCACUUAUACUUAACAUAGGGUUGAUGACACAAUGAAUGAAGAUAUAUCUGUAUUCCUGGAAGAAAAUAAUAUGUUUACAGCGGCCAAGAGUGGAAGGCGAGGCAGUCUUGAUCGUUACCUAAAUAACGGUGGAGACUGCAAUGCACAAGACGGCACUGGUCAUUCUCCAUUACAUUAUGCUGCAUCUAAGGGUCACAUUGACUGCUGUGAACGUCUUCUUGAAUGUCCCGAUUUGAAUGUAAACAUAGAAAAUGUGUCGUAUGACACUCCUCUUCACUUUGCAGCAAAAGAGGGACGGAAAGAUAUAUGUAAGAUGCUGCUCAAACUUAAAACAAUCAAAGUAAAUGCAAAAAAUGAUAAAGGAAUGACUCCCUUGCAUAUUGCUACUCAGGAAAAUCAUACUGAAGUACUAGUUGUAUUGAUGGAACACGGUGCAUAUGUCAGACUGCGGGAUAAAGAUUGUCAUGUACCACUGCAUUAUGCAGCUAAGAAAGGCUUUCAGGCGUCUUGCCAAGCACUUCUGUCUUAUGCUAGUGAUGCUGCCGACAGAGAAAAGCAGUUAAAUGCAACGCUGAGGAAUGGAAAAACACCUCUCAUGCUAGCAGCUAUGAGAGGUCAUCGAUUAUGCUGUAUUGAACUGAAAAGUACAAACAUAAAUCAGCAAGACAGGGAAGGAAACACUGCUCUGCAUUAUGCUGUUAUUGGAGGGUUUAAAUUCACAGUUGAGGUACUUCUUAAAAUGGGAGCUGAACGAAAUAUUCCGAAUAAGAUGGGAACGACGCCGGUUCUUGCAGCAGCUGGAAAAAGGAAGUCUGUUUGCUUAGACUUCCUUGUGAAGAAAUGUUCGACUUUGAAUACUGAAGAUGAACAUAACGGAACGGACCCGGUUGCUGUAAAACAACUGAAUAAAGCUUACCCGCAUGUUACAGAUACAGAGAGUAGAGAUAACCUACAUGUUACAGAUCACCAGGAUGAACCUGACCUGCAUACCGCAUGUCACCAGUGUGGAGAUGACCUGCAUAUUGUUGAUCAACAUAACGGACCUAAUCUAUUUGUUGUGGAUAAUGAUAACAGAAAUAUUCUUCACUAUGCAACCAAACAAAACUCGACAGAGUGCGUUAAAUACCUGUUUACACAUUUUAAUUUGACAAAACAAUUUGAUAAGAGAGAUGAUGAGGGUUACACCCCACUUCAUAUUGCGAUAAUAAGAGAGGCUGUAGAAUGUGUCCAUAUAUUACUUAUAAAUGGCGCAUCACCUGCCGUACAGUGCCCGGGGGGAAUGACACCUCUUCACCUGGCAGCUGAGAGAGGAAAUACACGCAUAUGUUGCUUACUUCUUGCAAAUACUGAAGUGAAAGUAAAUGAAGAGAAUGACAGAAAGGAAACACCUCUUCACCUUGCAGCUCGUCAUGGUUCAGCAGAUGUGUGCAGGAUACUUGUACGUGAAGGAGCUCGUUUAUCAGCAAUUAACAUACAUGGUCAAACAGCACUCCAUAUUGCAGCAGUAAAAGAUUACAUCAACGUUGUGAAUUUUCUUUGUAAAAAAGAGAUACCUCAACGGAUUAAAGAUGAUACCAAUGACACUGCUUUGCACCUUGCAGCCUCUUCAGGAUCACUGGAAUGUUGCAAGGUGUUGGUUGCCAGCGAUAAGGGUUCACUUUAUGUUAAAGAUCACAGGGGAAGACUGCCUCUCAACAGAGCUUUUGAAAACAAGCACGACAAUGUAUUCACAUUUCUCCUAAAGUUUCCCUACCAAAAUGACAACGAGGAACUGAUAGACUGGUUUCAUACCUACAUCCAGAAAGCGAUGGAGAACAACAGACUAACUGCUGUUGAGGCCAUUAUUGACAGUUCUUGGUGGCAUGCUAGUUUGACCGGACAAAAUGUGCAUCUGUGUCAGAACUUUAGGAAGCUUGUUGAGAAAUUCCCUGACCUUGCACAGAAAGUACUGGAUAAAUGUAUUGAAUGCUCCGUAUCUAAAGUAACUUAUGACUUUAGAUUACUAGAAGAUAACUACUAUAUUCCACCAGCCUCAAACAGGAUUGCUGAAAGUCCUUGCAAGAAAUGUGGAGAGAUGCGUGAAGAUGUGGAAGAAAUUAUCCAAGAUGGAAUUAAAUGGAAGAAGUAUCAUCCCGUGGGUGUGAUGGUGCGUCACAACCAUCACCAGCUGCUUCAACAUUCUCUAACAAAGGCCUGGCUCAGGCAUAAAUGGAAGUCAUAUAUUUCUUUCAUCUUCCUUGCCUUAUUCCUAGUGGAACUGAUCUUUGUUGUCUCUUUAAGUGUCUUCAUGGAAAGUGUAGAUAACUGGAGGUACAUAGAACAACGGUGCAACAUGACCAGAGAAGAGUUCUGCAGUGUAUCAGGAAUGCAGACAACGAUGAACCAACUAACUUCCACAACUGAAGCUCUGAGUGUAAGAUCAGAAAAUUCAGCAAUAAUAAGGUUUAUGGACUGUAAUAAAACACUGCCAGCAAAACCUGGAAGAUCACUGGCAACACUAAUCAUAACCUUCGUCAUCCUCCUGAUCCUAGAAUGUAACUGCAUGUAUAGACUGUGGCAGGAGUAUUGGAAUAUUGACAAUCUGAUGAAGUUCUGCCGUUUGUUACUUACCAUUGUCUUCUUAAUGCCAGAAGGAAGCUGUGAACUACGCUAUCAUAUACUCUUCAUUGAGCAAUGGGAAUGCGGAAUUCUUGCCUUGCUACUGGGUUGGCUGCACAUCAUCAACAUUCUCAACCAGUUACCCAUGCUCACGGUUUUCAUGCCCUUGAGUAAAAAUUUUUUUAAGGGUUUCUUAAAAGUGGUAUUUUAUAUUAGUUUAAUUGUGUUUGCCUUUGCCUUUAUUUUCCAUCUUCAACUAAAAGAUCAUGAAGCCUUCUUUACCGUGCCACAAGCCAUGGUCAAGACUGUACUGUGGAUGCUUAGUGAUCUAGGGUAUGAGGACACUUUUCUUAAUGACCAGCACCCUCUGGUUUACCCAUUUUUGACGAAUAUUCUUUUUGUGAUGUUUGUCACUACUGUUUGUAGCCUUGUUGCUAAUUUGCUCAUUACUUGGUCAUCUGAAGAAUUUCAAGGUUUGCGAAACAAAGCUGCCAUUUACCGUGCAACCUCCAGGUGUACACUAUUUCUAAAAUUUGAUGUCUGCUUUCCUUACAUACAUAAAUACAGAACAAGAGGAACAUAUACUGAAAAUCCAACUGAGGUAAACAUAUUUAAUAAUAUAACAAAUCAUCUCUUGAUGCUAGACACUCAAAGAGAAAAAAAAACUAAUCCCCUGAAUCCCUUGCGUUUGAAGAUGGACGAACAGAAUCUGCAAAAUAACUGUUAGUUUACUCUUCACAAGAAACAGACAUACAGAUACUGGAUCCCAAGCACCAAGUGCAUGCCAUUUCUAAAUCCAGGUGCAGUGCUGCUCCAUGAUGCCUAGUCUUCCCAUUCAAAGUUGACCAGUGGUUUUUCAAUGGCCUGCCAUAAGGCCAACUGCUACUUCAUCUCCCCUCUUCAAGGGGGGCUCCUUGGCGUGGUGAAGAGGCUCGUGGUCUGAGGAAUUAGACCUGUCGGUCUUCUUCCUCAGACCGAACCUAUUUACCCCCCCAAUCUCCCUUCCCCUAUCCCAUCCUCCCCAUCCUCCCCUUUUUCCUUUCCUCCUCCUCCUCCCCACCCCUCCCUUUUGCCCUUCCUCUUUUCGGCCUUUGGGAUUUCUCCCACAGGCGCGCUAGUUCCUAGAUAGGGGAAAGGAUACCGGGGUCCAUCCCAUUCCGUUGAGGUUCUUGGCGGUGGCGUAGUUUGCCGUGGAAUCUGGAUCUCCUGGGGAUGUCCCGAUCCCUCUCCGGUAUCCCGGAGUAGCUUUGGGUGUCUUUCGGGCGACGGGUGUAUCUCUGGAAGCCACCUUUCGGAUUCCGGGGGUGGUGGCCGAAGGAGGUAUGCUUUGUGGCGGAUAUCCGGCCGCCCUCUCUUUUGUCCACCGAGGUAGCUCGGCAGAUGUGAGGUUGCUAUCCCGGAUUGUUAGUUUACUAGCAUGAUGGGUAGGGAAUGGCACGGGUUGCAUGCUGCAUCUGCGCUACUUGCAGUGCUGAGGUCCUCUUGGGCACAGAGGGAGAUUUCUGGCCCUUUCAUUCCUCCUAGGAACUAUCCCUCCCCGGUCCCCCUUUUUUUUAUUCUUUUUUUUAUUUUUAUUUUAUUUUCUUCUUUCUUUUUUUUUCUUAAAAACAAAAAGAAAGAAGUAACCUAACCAUGGCAGCCCUAGUCCAUGAACCUCCUACCCCCGGGCCCCUUCUUGAUACCGCACCCCGUUCUGACCCCGCCUCGUCUUUGGACCACUCUUCAGACACUCCUCAUGCCUCUGUACCUCUUGCCGGUGCUGUUUCCUCACCCGCUUCAGGUACUGAGGCCUCGACUGACUCCUUCGAUUUAUCGGACCUUCGCUCUCCUCUGACUAUGGGCCUCUCCCUCUACCGUGCGGCAAUUUUCAAAUCGCCGACCCGUUCCACUUCGGACCAACUCUGGUCCCACGCCUAAACGCCAACGACAAUUACCUGCUGAUGAUACUUCUCCACCUUCUCGUUCUUCUCAGAAACGAUCGACACGUCCUUCACUACCUUUCCACGCUCAGUUUCGGACUGAACAAUGGACUAAAUUCUUCACUUUACGGCCGACUUCCUCUACUGCCUAUCUUUCUGACCACAGUAUUGGCAAGGCACUCCUACGCCAUGUUGGUAAAGAUAUUUCUUUUCAUGCUCUUAAGAGCAGUACGCGCAUCAUCACUGUACAGAAUGCUACCCAGGCUCAUGAGCUCUCUCAUCUUUCCCAUAUCGAUACUGUUCCUGUCACUCUUGAAAAACAUCAUUCCCUCAAUUCUUGUAGUGGUACCGUCAUUCUGCCCCAUACCAUAGUUCAACAAAAUUUCCAGACAUGUGGCACUGACAUUCUUGAACAGCUGGAACUCCAAGAUCUCCCAAUCCUCAAGGUAGACACUUACAUUCUUCCUGCCUGCGGGUGGAGACGAUACCCUAGCAAUGUGGCUCGUUUAACUUUUGACAGCCGAGAACUCCCAUCCUCAGUUUAUAUAGCAGGACAUCGGUUACAAGUCCGAAAGGUGAUCCCUACACUGCAACAGUGAAGAAAUUGCUGGCGAUUUGGCCAUCCAGCGAAAUAUUGCAGAUCUAUCGCCGAAUGCCCAGUCUGUGGUGCCGAUGACCAUUCUCAUACGUCUUGCAAUCGAUCUCCCUCUUGCCUUAACUGCCAUGAGGCUCACCCUUUGUACUCUCGCCGUUGCCAAGUCUAUUUAAACGAGCGGGAAAUCCGUUACCUCAAAGAGACAGAAGGUCUCCCUUAUGCCAUGGCAGUUUCUCAUCUCCGCCUCCAAGGGAGACUCCCACGUGUUUCUUAUUCCCGUGUUUCAAAACGUCCCCCCACUUCUGGUAUCCCAUCUUCUACACCCACCUCUGUGGUUACCUCUCCCAUAGUCACUCCUGUAUCUAAUCCUUUUGCUGUCCUCGGCUCAG